AAUGAUUUAAAAAGGGUUUAGGGGUUUGAGGGAAGUGGAAGCAACCUCUGCAAUUGUGGAUAAGUAAUUUCACAUUCACGUUCACAUCCACCCAUUGUGAAGAGCGCCUGCAUCAAACUGAGGAAUUAUACUUCAAUAUCUCUUUCAGACGCAAUGUAACUCUUCACAAGUAGCAUAAACUUUGAGCGCUUGUCGAGAAAGCUUAUCUCGAAUCUCUUUCAGACGCGAUGUAACUUUUCACAAGUAGCAUAAACUUUGUGUGUUUGUCGAGAAAGCUUAUCUCGAAAUUUUCCUGCCUGUGACGAAGAGACUAAAUUUUUUUUUAAUGAAAUUGAUUAGUGUCUUAGGGCGAUUUUUAGGAUGGCACCACCGUGGGCAUUGUCAUUGGCGUGGUGCUCUUCAACAAUGUUGUCUUUCCCGCCCUUGAUGGCUUCCAGCUCUGCUGCAAAAUCUGGGCGCAAAGGAUUCGAAUUCGCGACCAGACCUUCACCAGACCAUCACAACUCUCGUAUACAGGUCUUGUGCGGAAACUCUCUUUCUGUUGCCGUGUCAAGUUCAAAAUCAACUUCUGUUUCUGGUUCUUCUGGAAACAUCCAUUUGAAUGAUCUGAGAGGAAAUUCUGGUACUUUGGACAUGACCGAAUUAGAAAGUUUUGACAUAGUUUCUCCUAAGAGGCAGGAAAAUCGGGAAGAAGAUGAUAGACAACACCUGCAGAUUGCCUUGCCUCUAAAAAAUGGACAAGACCUAUAUGGACUAGGUACAGAUCACAAAGACCAAGACUUACGUCUUGAUUCCUGUUUGCUGCCAUUUUUAGAGCAGUUGCAGGUAUGCUCUCUCCCAUUUAGUGGAUCUCAGCAACUGGUGCAGUCUGUAUGUACAAACCUGAAUAUGUCCAAUGAAACAACAUCCACGAAUCAAGAGACAGCAUUUGCCAUUGCUGGGAGAGAUGCUUUGGCCCUUGCAAAGGCUGCGGUUGUAGCUGCAAAGCAGGCAGCAGCAUUAGCGGAAUCUCAGCCUUCUGCAGAGGCUAAAUGUCAGAAAAGUUGUUUUGCAACACCACCUUUGCAUCCUUCAAUUACAGAUAAGGAUACCGUCAAUAAUAUAGACACUUUAGAUAAUUCACAAGCCUUUGAGGUAGAUUCAGCCAGGAGUAAAAUAUCAAAGUUGGAUGAGAAGCAGAGUCAAUUAAAUACCCCUCUAAAAAUUCUUCAUAAUAAGGACAAGGCAAUGAUCAGGUCUAACCUACAAAUAACGAACAAAGUUAAGAGAGAUCGGAUGUCACGGAAAUUUAAGAAAUCUGCUUCUGAAUUUCUUUCUUCACAAGUUCAUCAACGUGGAAAGCUCUUAUCUGCAGAGGACGAAGUAGAACUACCACAAAAAGUUCAGGAAAAUCGGGAUGAAGAUGAUAGACAACACCUGAAGAUUGCUUUGCCUCUCAAAAAUGGACAAGAUUUCUAUGGAUUAGGUACAGACCAAAAAGACAAAAAUGCACAUCUUGAUUCCUGUUUGGUACCAUGUGUAGAACAGUUGCCGGUAAGAUCUCAGCAUCUGGUACAGUCUUCAUGCACAAACCUGAAUAUGUCCAGGGAUACAUCUGAGAACCAAGAGACAGCACUUGCCAUUGCUGGGAGGGAUGCUGUAGCCCUUGCAAAGGCUGCAGUUGAAGCUGCAAAGCAGGUAGCAGCAUUAGUGGAAUCGCAGCCUUUGGCAGAGGCUAAAUGUCAGAAAAGUUGUUUUGCAACACCACCUUUGUAUCCUUCGAUUGCAGAUAAGGAUAUUGUCAAUAAGAUGGACACCUUAGAUAAUUCACAAACCUUUGAGGUAGAUUCAGCCAGAGGUGAAAUCUCAAAGUUGAAUGAGCAGCAGAUUCAUUUAAAUACCUCUGUAAAAGUUUUCCAUAAUACAGACGAGGCAACGAUCAAGUCUAACCUACAAAUAACGAGAAAAAUUAAGAGGGAUUGGAUGUCACGUAAACUAAAGAAGUCUGCUUCUGUAAUUUCUUCUUUGCUAGAGCAUAAAAGAGGAAAGCUCUUAUCUGCAGAGGAGGAAGUGAAACUAUCACAAAAAGUGCAGAUCCUUCUGAAGCUAGAGAAAGUAAAGGGUCGCUUGCAAGAAAGGCUUGGCCGUGAGCCAACUUUAGUCGAGUGGGCAGCUGCUGUUGGCAUUGAUCAGAUUUCUUUAGAUUCACGUUUAAAAGAAGGAUGGAGAUCCAAAAAUAUAAUGAUGAAGUGUAAUAUUCGUUUGGUUGUUUCCAUAGCAAAACAUUAUAAGGGAUUUGGUUUUACUCUUCCAGAUCUUGUUGAGGCAGGAAAACUGGGUCUUAUGCAUGGCAUUGAGAAGUUUGAUUACAAGAAGGGCUACAAAUUUUCCACUUAUGCACAUUGGUGGAUACGACAAGGCGUGACAAGCUUUCUCAAUGCUUAUUCAAGGACUAUUCGAUUACCUGUGAAUAUGCGUGAGAUUUUGUCUCGAAUCAGAGCGGCAAAGAAGUUAUUGUCUGGGAAAGGUGGAAGCCUUCCGAGUAAUAAGGAAGUAGCUGAGGUUGUGGGAGUGACAGUUCCUAGGCUUAGGGAGACACUGAGAUCUGCAAGAAGACCCAAAUCAAUUGAUCGUCUUAUUGGGAAGGACUUAAAUACAUGUCUUGGAGAAAUUGUUGCAGACAAGCAUGAUGGAAGUUUGGAGUUCUUCACUACAAGGCAGAUAGUGAAACAGGAUAUUAACAGGCUCCUGCAAACACUCACACCCAGAGAAACAGAAGUUUUGAGUUUACGACACGGCUUGAUUGAUGGUAUACCAAGGACCCUUGAUGUAGUUGGUAAAAUUGUAAAGAUAUCUAGAGAGCGGACUCGCCAAAUAGAAAUGGAUGCUUGGAGAAAGCUGAAGGAAGAAAAGUUUGAAUCUCUAAGAUAUUAUCUGGAUACUAUUUAGGUGUUUAAACACCUUGUUGAAGGGAGUGAUAUGAUGAUAACAAAGCCUUGAUAUCAUAUUUUUACCAAGAAAAAACUUUCACAAGCUUUACUGGACUCUGGUGCACCAACAAAAAGGGUUAUCACUCCAUAUAUUCAUUUCUAUCUCUUCCUUUCCUGUAUUGGGAUAAGAAUUGUGUCGACUUUUUAAAAACCUGUAAAAUAACAUUAAUGAGAUGCAGAAGAGUGAAGAUGUGGUGAUAUGGGUCUAAAAAAUGCAAUUUAUUUGUUCAAUGUAUUUUUUGACUACUUUUAUUAUAUAAAAGUUGUCAUAUUUUAUAUU